AUGGAUCACCACAAGGCCUCUGCGCCUCCCGCUACCCCAGAGGCCACGCGCCAGGUGCGUGCGCAAAGCAUGUACUCGGCCCCGUCUCCAGACCCUUUCCAAAAGCAACGUCCACAAAGCCUGAUCGGUCGCCCUCCGCCACGGAGUCAGAGUCGCAUGAGCCAGAGUAGCAAUCAUGUCGCGAGCAAAGCGUCAGACGAAGACACAAAGACUUCGGUCAAAGUUGUUGUUCGAGUCCGGCCACCUUUGGGCCCUUCCGAUCCCGGAUUCGAUCUCAUCCCUCAGCGAUUCCAGCGGUCGAUGGUCCAAGUAAACACAAACACCAGCUUAGCCGUCGAGUCGCCCCAAGGGCGCAAGAUCUUCAUAUUCGAUCGCGUAUUUGGCCCCGAUGCAACGCAGCCGGAUAUAUGGCAAUACCUACAGGAUGGAGUGGAUUCGUUCCUUCAAGGCUACAACGUGUCCAUCCUCGCCUAUGGUCAAUCCGGUUCGGGCAAGAGUUAUACCAUGGGUACAUCUGGUGCAGCAGAACAGUUCGAUCCGUCUAUGAAAGGCGUCGUCCCAAGAGCUGCGCAAUAUCUGUUCGACCAUCUCAACAAUGGCGGCCCCGCUCACAAUAGACAAAACUCCGGGCUGAAAUCACCCACCAGGUACUCUAUGACGAGCGUGAAUCAACUCAAGCAAAACUCCAGAUCAUCCGCUGACAGGGCGUGGGAAAUGUCCGUCACGUAUGUGGAGAUCUACAAUGAACAACCAAGAGAUUUACUGCUUCCGGAAAAUGCGCCUUUCAUGGAGAGAGCCAACGUCCAGAUUCGAGAAGACCGUGGUAGGAUAUUCGUCGAGGGUCUCAACUCCGUCCGGGUCUCGAGUUUCGAGGAACUAAUCCGGGUCCUCAAUCACGGGUCUGCCAUUCGUCAAACCGAUGCCACUGCCAUCAAUGCCCGCUCUUCACGAUCCCAUGCGGUCUUCACUGUCAAUCUCCGCCAGACCAAAGCCCAAGGUUUCAGUCCAACCAAGGACAAGCGAUCUUCUGUCACGGUGGACAACUUGGCAGGAGGAGACUCCACAAUGACUGUGGAAAGUAAACUUCACUUCGUUGACUUGGCCGGUAGCGAGCGCUUGAAGAAUACGGGCGCUACAGGCGAGCGAGCAAAAGAAGGCAUCUCUAUCAACGCAGGUUUGGCCAGUCUCGGAAAAGUUAUUGCUCAAUUGUCAUCACGAUCGGCCGGUACAUAUGUGUCGUACAGAGAUUCGAAAUUGACUCGCAUGCUGCAGGACUCGUUGGGAGGGAAUGCAAUCACAUAUAUGAUUGCUUGCGUAACGCCCGCCGAGUUCCACUUGAGUGAGACUCUGAAUACGGUCCAGUACGCUCAGCGGGCGCGAAAUAUCCAGAGCAAACCCAAGAUCCAGCAGAUCGAUGAGGGAGGUGAUAAACAAGCCAUCAUUGAUAGAUUGCGCGCCGAAAUUGCUUUCUUGAGACAACAGAUCCGCAGUGCUGAAUCGACUGAACAACAGUCUGUCGGGAUGCCGGAGAGAGGAGACAGAUCUAAAAGUCGAGAAAAUGAACUGCACCAUCAAUUAUUGGACGUUCAAGAGAGCUACAAUGCCCUCAGUCAGCGGCACGCGAAGCUCGUCUCAGAGUUGAAGAGAAACGCCGAGACUUAUGAUCAGCUCCACCCGGUGGCCGGCGAAACUGCGAUGGAUCGGCUGAAACGAUCCCAGGCCAACCAGGAGAUGAUCGAGCAAGUUGUCAUGGAAUAUGAGAAGACCAUCCAGAGCCUAGAAGCGAACUUGUCAACCACGAGGGCAUCUUUGGCCAUGACCGAAAGCAAGCUUCUGGAGCGUGAGACCAAGUGUGCGUACAUCGAAACCAUGAAUCAACAACUCAACUCUCGGGUCCAGAAGUUGAUGGAUCGGGAAUCGAACACGGAACAGUACCUACAUGACCUGGAAGCGCGGCUCGAUGACCAACACUCCGGAGGCGAAAAGAACGACGCCAUCAUCUCGGAACUGCGCAAAGAAAUAGCACGCAUCAGAGAAAGCGAAACAAAUGCCGAAGAUUACAUCUGUACUCUGGAAGAACGACUGGCCGAGGCUGACCAGGACAUGGAAAUCAUGCAACGUGAAGUUGAGAGGCUGGAGCACCUUGUCGAACGCCAGCGGAGUUUAGGCAAGCUGGACAAUCUAAUUUACGAGCUGGACCAUAUUCAGGACGACACUGCGAAGGGCAAGUCACCCAAGGCUACCACUGCAAAACCGAAUGUUGAAACGAACGGCCACCCAAACGAUCUUCAAGCUGCCAAGGAGACUGAACUGCCCACCCCUGACGAUGAUGAGGAAGACGAGCUUGCCCCAGAGGCCCUCGGGUCAGCAGAGCAACCCACUCCGGAAGGCGAUGACAUGGGUCUCGAGAAGCUGGAAACUGCCAUGGCCCAGCAGGAAACCCUCAAUGUCACUCGAAACGAUGAAUCCCUCCCGAGCCCAGCUCAGUCGAAAUUCGUUACGGAGAAAUUCGAAGCAGUCAGCCAAGAAUUGUUUGACCUUCGACUGGAGCAUGAAUCCACCGUCAACGAAUUGGACCUGUUGUCUGCCAAGUAUCAAGAAGCCCUACGUACCCUUGCUCGAAUGCAGGAUAGUAUCGACGAAGAGCGACAAGGUGUGGCAGCGACCGGGUCAGACAGAGUCAUUGAAGCUCCUCAGGGGAAGUCUUUUUUAGACGAGACCGACCUGCAAGAAGCGGAGGAUGGACAAGAAUUGCCUUCCUCGCGAUCACUUUCCUCGGAAUUAUCCUUGGCUGGGGAAUCCUCGCCAUCGAUAGAUACCGACAUUACACCAGUGUCUAAGAAGACCCCGUCAGUGGAAGUCGCAUCCAACGAAAUUGAACGGUUGCAACAUCUUCUUGCAGAACAUGAGAGCAGUCUACACCAAGUGACCGAACAAUAUGCCCAAUUACAGGCCGACCACAAGGAGGCUUUGACUACCGUGGAGCGUCUCAAGACGCAGGUCCAACGGUCAAGACCUGCAUCACCCGGGACUCCUGGCAUGCUUCGGCGCAUGACUUCGCAAAUCGGCAGUGGCGUGGAUCGAGGUCAACGCUCUAUGACUUCUCUGAGAACUCUGCUCGCGGAAGAGUUCGAAUCGAAGCCAGACCGGAUGGAAACCGCGGAAGUGCAUCUCAGCGCGGCCAAUACCGAACUACAGGCGAGACUUGAUCGCAUUCAAUCUCUCGAAGCCGAAGUCAAGAGCGUCAAAAAGGAAAUGGAACUCAAAUCGACCAUUAUUUCUGGCUUGACGAGAGAGAGAACUAGUAUCAAGGCAGGAUCUCCCGUGGACCUUAAUAUGGUGUCACAACUUCGAGAUCAAAUCAUCCAGAAGGAGACCGAACUUAAGUCGUUGCAUGAGAGUUAUGCUCGCCGUGAGCAAGGCUUGCAAGAAGAGAUCCAGCGGUUGACGUCCGAAAAGGCCAAUGUGCAAGCCGGUCCCUCCUCACCCGAAGCAGACGAGCAGGUCAAUCGUCUCAACGCAGAGUUGGCGGAGUUGAAGUCGAAGCUACAAGAGACACAGGAGGCAGCCGAAGAAUCCGAGAAGAAGUACGUGCGGACCAAAUCAGAACUCGAGGCAGCACUGGCCAGUAUAGCGACAUUGAAAGCGCAACAAUCAACUGGCGAAACCUCAAGCUCGGACCAACAGGCUACUACUGCAGAAGCCAUGCAGACAGAGAGAGACAGCUACCAGGAUCUGGUCAAUAAGUUGAAGCAAGAGAUGAAAGAGCAACGUCGCGCACAUGCCGAGCAUCUGACAAAGAGUCAAGAACUGGAGCAGCUCCACGAAUCCCUCAGCAAGGAUUAUGCAGCUCAGGCAGACCUGGUCAAAACCCAAGAACAGGAGAUCUCGGCCCUAAAGACUGAGGUGUCCCAGCUCGAACUCAAAGUCAAGGAAGCCGAGGCGGCUGUCGAGUUCUACAAGCACGGCCUCAAAUCACUCCAUGAAGCCCAUGCCAGCGAGAUUGAAGAGAUGAAACUGGCGCACAGCGGUCAUCUGGCCGGGUACGACGAUCAAGUUGCCGAGAUGACGGCGAAGCAUGAGAAGCUCGUGGCCACCUACAAGGCCGACCUCGAAGAAGCUGUCUCGACAGUCGAGAAACUAGUCUCUGACGCACAAGUCGCUCUUGGUCAUCCCACGUCGGCAGAUAUGCUUGUCAGUCAUAUCCAAGACAUAAUGGAAGAGAAACGCCAUAUCGCCGAGGCCAAUGCGCGGAUAACAGCCGCCAACGCCGAACUCGAACGGCAGCUCGAGGGCCGACAGAGUCUUGUCGAACUGGAGGAAGAACUGGCUAAUGCUAACAGCAAGAUCGCCAACUAUCAGGAGACGAUCCGCAGUCUUGCCAACGAAGUCGGCAACCACGAAGAAACGAUCCGAGAGAAGGAUGAGUUGCUCAAGAAGGCGCAAGCGCAAAUCGAGGCGGUCGAAGCCGAAAAGGCGAAGAAACUAGUCAUCAUCGAAGAGCUGGAGCAGCAACUCCAGAACAGCUUUGACCAGCACAACAACCGCGUGUCUCUGAUCCAGGCUCAAGGCAGCCAAGCCCUGAUCGAAGCUCAACAGCGGAUCGCGGUGUUGGAAAAGGAUCUGGACCAACGACGAUCGAUGAACGAUGGCGUCUCGGACACGGCGUCGGCGUCACGGAGUAACACGAUCAAGUCUCAGCAUAAUAACAAUCGUCCUCACUCGCCUGCCGUGGACCGAUCGAAUUCCAUGACUUCUAACCUGCGCAAAUCAGGAUCUAUUGCUUCUCUGCCGUCGCCACCACCCGCCAUCCCUCUCCCACCGUUACCAAAUCUGGCCGCAUCUGCCGCAGGACCACCUAGUCUUCAAGUUUCGGGUGCCACUGCCAAUCCAUCCCCUCCACAAUCUCGCCAUGCGUCCAAAGAAGGCGUACCUGUUCCUGUACCAGUUACUCCCGUGUCCAACGUUUCGUCUCAGCAGCAGCAACAUCCCAGCGGUGCUCGUCAAUCGGCCAUCCUGGAAGAGCAAGAGAACCGUCUUCGAACAAUCGAGAAACAUUUGCACGCCGAGAAACAGUUGACCGCGACUCUGGAAGAAGCCCUCGUCGACCUCGAAACCCAGUCGAAUAAAUUGAGGGCUGAUGCUGAGUCCUGGAAGAAAAAGGCCUGGGCCAUGGAAGAGGAACUUUCGGGUUUGCGCAAGGAGAGGCGCUCAGAGAGAUUGAGUGUGCAAGCUGUUGAGGAGGAAGUGAAGAAGCGGAGAGAGGCGGAGGCCGCGAGGGCACAGUUGGAAGAGAGGAUGAGACUUUUGACCGUGGGCAAGGAUGGGAAGAAGAAGAAGAAGGGCAGUUCGCUGAAUUGUUUCUAG